AUGUCGUGGACCGGCUUCAAAAAAGGCGUCAAUCGCGCGACGACGCAGGUGCUCAUGAAGACCGGACAGGUCGAGCGCACAAAUGACCGCGACUUUGAGAUUGAACAACGUGGUUACCGCACCAGGGAAACAGCCGCCAACAAGCUCCAGAAAGAAGCCAAGGGCUACCUCGACUCGCUGCGCGCCAUGACGGCCUCACAAAUGCGCAUCGCCGAAACAAUAGACGCCUUCUACGGCGACGCCGGCACCAAGGACGGUGUCUCACGCUCAUACAAACAAGCCGUCACCGAUCUCGACGCCGAGACGAUAAAAGCCCUCGACGGCCCCUACCGCACCACCGUCCUCGACCCUAUUCAGCGCUUCUGCUCCUACUUCCCCGACAUCAACGCUUGCAUAACCAAGCGCGAGCACAAGCAAAUGGACUACGACCGCAUGCGCGCCCAGGUCAAGAAACUCACCGAUAAACCAGACAAGGAUGUGACCAAGCUGCCGCGUGCUGAAAAGGACGAACAACUGGCCAAGGCCGCCUACGACCAGCUGAAUGAGACGUUGACGACCGAAUUACCCCAACUUAUUGAUUUGAGAGUGCCAUAUCUGGACCCAAGUUUUGAGGCGUUGGUCAAGAUUCAGUUGCGGUUUUGCGCAGAGGCGUACUCGAGAAUGGCUCAGGUGCAGCAGUAUCUUGAUGCAAAUACAAGGGAUCAAUAUGCACAGGGUGAGCUGGACGCGAGGGUUGAAGAAGUACUACAAGAGAUACGAGAUUUGAGCAUUGCGGGCACUGUCUGA